AUGGCUUCAAAUGAAGAUUAUUCAUCAAGUACAUCAUCUGACGGUGCAGUUUUACAAAGAUCUUCAAAAAUAUUUCGACUGCUAUCAGACAGCGAGGAAAGUUCAUCGAGUAGUUCAUCCGAUAUGAUAAGAGCUUCCACGGUACGUCGGCGCCGAAUUGAGUCUGACAAUGAAACUAAAGCUGAAGAGAACGAUAACAAUGAAGAUGAUAUACCAGCAGAGUUUGAUGUGAAUUGGCGUAUUCCGUUAAGUAAUAAAACGAACAUCACAUUUUCGGAUUCGUCAGGUAUCAACGCAUAUCAAUCAGAAAUUUUUACUUAUACGGAACCACAUGAUUUUUAUUUCCGUUUUGUCACUGAUGAAAUAUUCGAAAUGAUUGCAAAGCAAACGAACAUCUAUGCUACGCAAAGAAAAUCAGAACUGCAAUCGCAUCGUUUAGAUCAAUGGUAUGAAACAAAUGCUAAUGAAAUAAAACGUUUCUUUGGUCUUAUUAUAUGGAUGGGAUUAGUGCGAUUACCAAAAAUUGAGUUGUAUUGGAGUAAAUAUGAAGGAUAUAACCUGACACUUCCACGUACAAUUAUGCCAAGAAAUCGAUUCGAAUUGUUAUUGCGGUUUGUUCAUUUCAGCAAUAAUGAAGAAAAUGAUCCUAAAAAUAGAUUAUCUAAAGUUGCUCAUAUUAUCAAUCAUUUGAACAGUAAUUUUAAGAAAUAUUAUAAACCAGAUGAGAUACUAUGCGUGGAUGAAUCCUUAGUGCCAUUUCGAGGCCGCAUAGUAUUUCGUCAAUAUAUAAAACAAAAACGUCACAGAUAUGGCAUUAAAGUUUUUAAAUUAUGUAAUGGCCCAGGGUACACUUAUUCAUUUCGAAUCUACACGGGCAAAGGCGAAAAUACAAAUGAAAUAUCUGGAAAUAAGUCGACUGAGAUUGUAAUGGCUCUUUGUCAAGAUAUUUUAGGCAAAGGCCACACUAUCUGCACAGAUAAUUGGUAUACAAGCGUUGACCUGGCGGAAAAAUUAAUUGAUAUGCAUACACAUUUAUUGGGUACCCUACGAAAAAAUCGGCAUGGCAAUCCAAAAGAAGUAGUGGCCCAAAAAUUAAAACGUGGAGAUGUUAUCGCGCGAGAAAAUAAAAUUGGAGUAACAGUUUUAAAAUGGAAAGAUAAAAGAGAUGUGUUGAUGCUAUCUACAAAACAUUCAGCAGAAAUGACAACUAUACAGAAAAGAAACUGUUCAAAAGAAAAGCCAAAAAUGGUAGUUGAAUAUAAUUUAGGGAAAUCUUCAGUCGACUUAUCUGAUCAAAUGAUUGCUUAUAGCUCACCACUGCAUAAAACUAUAAAAUGGUACAAGAAACUGGCAAUAGAGCUUUUACUAAAUACUUGUAUUGAUGAAAUUAGCAAUGUAUCUAAUGAAAUGCUCCGAUAA